UCGGUUGUGUUCAGGUCUCAGUGCUGCCUCCCUCCACAGUAAAAGCUGCUAAAAGAUACUCUUUGUGUCUCUCUCAGCUCUUGCCACAAAAGAGCGAGCGUACAGAGGUCUAGAAGAACAGGUGAAACAGGAUCAACCCUCUGUUGUUCCUCAGACAUCAGGUUUUUGUGACCUUGUCUAUGGAAAUAAAGAUUUAAAUCUUUUUGACUUGUCACGUAAUGAGGAUUUCUUAGUUUACACAAAAAUGCAAAUAAUGUUCGGAAUAAAACUUCACGUAAGACAUCAGAGUCAUUCAGCUCCUCCGGAGUCUCGGAGUGAAGAAGCAGAACGUCGAGAACCUGGGAAGAUGGAGAAGGUUCUCCUGAUCUUCUCUGUUGCAUCAGCUCUGUGUGCCGUCUCUACAGUUCCUCAGAGGAACUAUCAUUUUAUUUAUCAGGCUAAGAACUGGACCGAAGCUCAGAGGUACUGCAGAGAAAACUUCAUCGACCUGGCGACUGUAGCGGACGUGAAGGACGUGGCGACGCUGAACAAACUGGCCAAUCUAAAUCAGAUGUUCGCCUCUUCAAACGCCUACGACGCCUGGAUUGGACUCUAUAAUGAUUUGAACAGCUGGAGGUGGUCCAUGUCAGACCCCAGCUUCUACCAACAGAAUGAGAACUUCAGAAACUGGUUUUUCGUACAGCCAGAUAAUCAUGGUGGAGACGAGGCCUGUGCAGUGAUAAACGGUAUAGUCGGUGGAUGGGCUGAUGUUCCAUGUUCUCAGAACUCAACAUCAGUCUGCAUGGAUGUCAGUGGGAUGGAUGCAACAUUUUACCCCAUCAGCAUCCGCAUGAACCAGACUCAGGCUCAGAGCUACUGCAGAGAACAUCACACAGACCUGGCCAGUGUGAGGAACUCGAUGGAGAACCAGGGGCUGGUGAAACUGAUAGCACCUUCAAUUUCUUGGUUCGGUCUGUACAGAAACAACUGGAUGUGGUCAGAUGACAGCACCUUUUCGUUUACGUACUGGAAUACACCAAACGCUGAGCCUAGUGGAGGAAAGCAGAGCUGCGUUGCAGCCAACUUCAGAAGUUCUGGACUCUGGGAGGACUGGAUGUGUGACAUAAAGAAAAUCUUUAUUUGUUACAGCGGUAAGUGAAGCUAGAGGGUUGACUAUGUUCUGCUUCUAACUUAUUAAUCUCUGAGAAACAUGCUUGGCUGCAUCAGUGUUUCCCAACCAGCGGGCCCUGGAUCUCCAUUCAUUAAAAAUCUGGGAAGUUACACUGUAAAUUUUAACAAGCUAAGUUUGCUUGAAAAUAUUUAGGAAAACAAAUACCUUAGGAAAAGUAGGUAAACAAACUUAAUUGUGGAAAAUAUUGUCAAGUUAUUUUAUAUGAGUGAGCUGUAAUUAUUCUGAAGUUGAGACUACUUAAUUAAUCUCAGUUUAGUUUACUUCAAAUCAAGUUGUUACUACUUAAAUAAUUUAUUAGUAUAUUCUGACAAGAAAAGUGGGCGUUACUUGAAAUUUUGUAUAUUUUAAUACCAGAGGCCUCCUAGUCAGAUGCUCCAAAUCCCAGCGGGCUCCGUUCGGAAAUGAGGAGCAGCAGCAUGAGAGACGCGUAAACAUGACAUCCUCUGGUCAAAUGUGGUUAUUGCAGUCCCUGCUGGAAUGAGUGACUUCCCCUCCCAUUUGUGAGUGUAUGACUGUUGCCAGGUGCAGAUUAGUGGCAGAAGAUUCUGGAAGACGAGUCAUCCACAGUAAAGCUUUUUGGCCCGCGAUGAGCUGAUUUUCCUCUCGUGCGAGAAUCUUUGAUGUCGGGGCGAUUUUGCAUCGUGUAGUAUAAAGGGGGUAACGAGAGAUGAUAAACCCCUCACGACCAGCUCCCGAUCAGCAAUCGUGUUGCUGUGUGAAUAUUAAACAUGAUUGAUAUUUUGCUCGUCCUUAGUGAGGGUAUCGCGCUGUUGAAGCAGCGCUGAGACCCAAAUAUCCCAGAACAACACAGCUGCCCAGGUACAAGUCCACAUGCAGAUGUGGAAUCAGUUGUUGGUCAAUGAAAGAAAAAUCCACAAUGGUCACGGAAAUAAAUUCAAUCUGACAAAAAUAAUAAUAGAUAAAAAAAAUCAAUAAAAUUUUACCAGUGAAAUUCAGGUCUGUGAGAACCGAGGGUAGAUGUCCAGGAGAUGUGGAGGGAGCUGAGCAUGGAUGAGGACCACUGUGGGUUCCAAGGACAGACAGACGAGAGGCAAGGCUGAGGGAGGCAGGCGGCUGAGAGCUGAUGGCCAGGGGGAACAAACAGCGAGACGUGGCAGGCGUGGAGACGUGGUGGGUUGCAGAGGGCUUUUGUGGUGGGGACCAGAGAU